AGGAUUGGGUGGAAACUCGAAGGGCUGAGUCAUCAGCCUCUCUGUUUUAUUUUGGGGUUUCUGCUGCUGUCAAUCCUGCUGUCAUGGUAUCACCUGGUUGAAGUGUUACAAACCCAGAGUUUGACACACCAUAUAAAUGGGGGUGGCAUGGUUAACACAACGCUUUACAAUUCCUGCAGCUGUCUGUCAGGAGUUUGUACCUUCUCCCUGUGACCGUGUGAGUUUCUUCUGGGUGCUCCGGUUUCCUCCCACAGUCCGAAGACAUACCGGUUGGUAGGUUAAUUGGUCAUUGUAAAUUGUCCCGGGAUUAGGCUCGGAUUAAAUCGGGUGAUCACUGGGCGGUGUGGCUCAAAGAGCCGGGAGGGCCUAUUCCGAACUGUAUCUCAAUUUAAAAAGAAACAGUCAGGUUUAAUAUCACCGGCCUACGUUGUGAAAUGUGUAAACAGGCCAUUGCAGUGACCAUUAACCACCCACUUUUAUACCAGUCCUCUCCUGAACCCAUCUUAACAGCAUCAUAUAAUGUAAGGGAUCGCGAUCUUGCCAUGGCCACGAUUGUUCUCGGCAAGUUUUUCCACAGAAGUGGUCUGUCGUUGCCUUCUGGGCAGGGUCUUUACCAGACAGGUGACCCCAGCCAUUGACAGCACUCUUCAGAGAUUGUCUGCCUGGCGUCAGUGCUCACGUAACCAGGACUUGUGAUCUGUACUGGCUGCUCGUGCGACCGUCCGCCACCUGCCCCCUUGGAUUUAUGUGACCCUGAUCGGGGGGAGGGGGUAUCUAAGCAGGUGCUACACCUUGCCCAACGGUGACCAUCAGGCUAGCGGAGGGAAGGAGCACCUCACAACUCCUUUGGUAGAGACGAAUCUCCACCCCACCACCCACUUUUAUACCAAUCCUCUCUCCUAAAUCCAUUUUGGCAGAAUCAGGUUUAUUGUCACUGAAACACAGAUGUUUAUUGUUUUUCAGGAGCAGUACAGUAUAUAAAAAUGCUACUAUAAAUUACAGUCAGAAAUACCAAACAAAAUAAUAGUGAGGUGGUGUUGAGAAAUGUGAUGGGUGGAGGGGAAGAACCACUGAGUGUGCGUCUUCAGGCUCCUGUAUCUCCUCCCUGAUGGGAGCAAUGAGUUUCCAUGGAUGCUGCCCGACCUCCAGCGUGUAGCAAUGAGAAGGUGGCUUGUCCUGGAUGCUGAGGGGAGUCCGUGAUGGAUGUCGCCUUCUUUUGAAGUGGAGGAUAGCGCUCACAAUGGAGCUGGCUGACUUUACAACUCUGCAGCCUUUUCCAAUCCUGUGUGUGGGCCCCUCCGUAGUGGCUGGUGACGUACAGUUAGAAUGCUCUGCACUGUACACUGGAGAACUUUGCCACUGUCUUUGGUGACAGACCCAUUCUCCUCUAACUCCUGAUGAAGUACAGCCACUAAUUCCGCUGCAUUUGUCCAUCAGAGGGUCAAUAGUGUCAUGCUUGGUGUAAUACUCGGACCGAUUCCCACUGCUGUCUGUGAGAAGUUUGUACCUUCUCCUGUGCUGCCUCCAUGUGCUCUGGUCUCGUCCCAGAUUCUGAAUACAUGCGUGUGAUAUUGUUAGUAAGUCGUGGGAAUGUAACGUUUCAGCUGGAAGCAAGGUGGCUUGAGGGUUCUCAGCAUAUCCACGGACCGUGUCUCCCCAUAACCUUUUACUAUCAACUUUCGCUUUAAAUAUAGCCUCGGCAAUGAUUUCGGCAGAUUCACCCCUCCCUGUCUAAAGAACAUCACUGUUCUAGAGCGAUGCCCCUCUAUUCUGAGGAUGUGCCCUCUGUCUAGGCUUUUUAAUAUUCCAGAGUAGCGCGCACAAGUUACUGGAGGAACUCAGCUGGUCAGGCAGCAUCUGUGGAGGGGAAUGAAGAGUCGAUGUUUCAGGCUCGGCUCCCUCAUUGGGGGCUUUUAAACUGAGGUCAAUUAUCUAGAACAGAUGGAGUGAGAAACACUCAGGAAAUCAGAGCAUAGGUGGGGAAAGAAAUGGGGUGAAUGUUUCGGGCCUGCGACCCUUCAUGUGACACUGUGCCCCAGCAGAGGAUCUGUAGUCGUCCCUUCCCCGACACUUGGGAACGGAGUGAGAGUGUCUUUGCCGGAGGAUCUGUUGUAUUACUUGGGAAAUGUGAAAUACUGGUUAGGCCAGUACAAGCUAAUGUGCCAUGAGAGUACUUUUAUGAUGGCAAUCAGCUACUGUAACCCACUCCAUUCCCACACCUUCCCUACUCACGAGGCACAGUUAACGCAGCGAUCCCACUGUCUUUCAGAUGCAGGUGGAAACUGGUGCACCCAGGGGGGCAAUGAUGAGCGUGCAGGCUCCACACGAACAGCGCCCGGAGACGGGCGUUAAACCCAGGUCUCUACCCUCUGCACCUCCCUUCCCUGCAACGAGAAAGGAAAUAAAAUUAGUGAGGCAGUAUUCAAGGGUUCAUUGUCCAGUCAGAAAUCAGAUGGCAGAGGGGAAGAACACUGAGUGUGUUCCUUCAGGCUUCUGUACCUCCUCCCUGAUGGUAGCAAUGAGAAGAGGGUGUGCCCUUGGCGGUGGAGUCCUUAAUGAUGGAUGCACCUUUCGGAGGCAUCGCUCCUUGAAGAUGUCCUGGAUACUAUGGAGGCUAGCACCCAUGAUGGGGCUGACUGAGUUUACAACUCUCUGCAGCUUAUUUCGAUCCUGUGCUGUGUCCUCACCCCUGCCCCAUACCAGACGGUGGUGCAGCCAGUUAGAGUGCUCUCCACGGUACAUCUGUAGAAAUUUGCCAGCGUUUAGGUGACAAACUAAUCUCCUCCAACUCCUACUGAAAUAUAGACGCUAUUGUUCCUUCUUUGUAGUUGCAUCGAAGUGCUGGGUCCAGGUUAGGCCUUUAGAGAAUUGGCACCCAGGAGCUUGAGAUUGUUCCCUCUCUCUGCCUCAGGUCUAAUGAGGACUGGUGUGUGUUCCCCUAUUAAACCUGAUUCUAAUGCCUUUCACAAGCUCGUGGUCAUGCAGUAGUGCCCUGUUCUGAGACUGUAGUAGUUUAUUACCUGGGAUAUUGCUGGCAAGCUCCAGAUCAGGGGCAGCAAGGGCUGGGCAGUAAAAUCCUGGAAAGUGCUGAGAAGUCACACAAAAACUUUUUCUUGUUGUGCCCUUGAAUUUCCGCAGUUGUCAGGAGCAGAGUGUUUCUGCAGGUGACACUGUUUGUGAUCUGUCCAUGACGUAAUGAUUGCUGCUCACCCCUUGUCCCUGAAGGAAACUGGCUUCCAGGGAAGAGUGUAGCCUCUCUUCCCAGCUGGGCCGGAAGGUCUGCACAGGAUGGGAGCUGCCCGUGGGAGGGGAGGCCGUGUGCGGCGUGCCUCACUGCUGCGGUGGGGGUCCCGGGCAGCUGCGCUGAAUGGAGGGGAGGUGACGUCACAGCAUCCUGUGCUGGCCCACAAUAGCAGGAAGGGUCUGAAACACCGGUCGGUACAGGGGGAAAAAACAAAGCAUGCGGCCUUCCGGGGAAUGGAGAGCAGCUGCCAACCCCCACCCCCUCGGCUGAGCAGACCGGGGCUGGGGUUUGUUUUAUUACUGCCACACUUAUGGAGAUUGAGUGAAAAGCCUGUCCUGCACACCGAUCAAACACUGCGCUGAGAUAGAACGAAAACAGCAUGCAGAGUAAAGUGUAAAAAAAUGUGAUACAUGCAUCGAUAAAAUUUGUGCAGGAGUUGAGAUGGUAUGUUGAAGGUGGAAAAGAUAUUGGUGGGCCUGAAUUUGGUCACCUACCUACAGGAAGGGUAUUAAGCUUGAAAGAGUGCAGAGAAAAUUGACAAGGAUGUUGCCCGGGACUUGAGAGGUUGAGCUUCAGGGAUAGGAUAUGUUGACUAGGUUAGGACUUUGUUCCCUGGAGCGUAGGAUAAUGAGGCUAACCACCCCCCCCACCCCCCACCCCACUGCAGGUCAUGGGUGAAACAUGAAAUAUUUAAGGGGAACCUUUUCACUCGGGAUGGUGAGCUGCUUCAGUUGUAACAUUUAUUGUAAUUGGUUUAUUAGUGUCACACGUACUGAGAUGCAGUGAAAAGCUCGUCUGGCAUAUUGUUUGUUUAUUUAGAGCCCGGUAACCAGCCCAACGAGCCCCCACCGCUCAGUUACACCUGUGUGACCAAUUAACCCUCUAACCUUGGUCUUUGGACUGUGGGAGGAAACCAGAGCACCCGGAGGAAACUCACGCGGUCACAGGGUGAACAUACAAACUCCUAACAGACGGUGGCGAGGAUUGAACCGGGGCCGCUAGCCACUACGCUAGCGUACCGCCCUGGGCUCCAUUCCUGAGGCUGUGGCCUGCCCGGGCUCCGUUCCUGAGGCUGUGGCCUGCCCGUGCUCCGUUCCUGAGGCUGUGGCCUGCCCGUGCUCCGUUCCUGAGGCUGUGGCCUGCCCGUGCUUCGUUCCUGAGGCUGUGGCCUGCCCGUGCUCCGUUCCUGAGGCUGUGGCCUGCCCGUGCUCCAUUCCUGAGGCUGUGGCCUACCCGGGCUCCGUUCCUGAGGCUGUGGCCUGCCCGGGCUCCGUUCCUGAGGCUGUGGCCUGCCCGGGCUCCGUUUCUGACGUGCUAAGCUGUGUCCACGACUCUCUGCAACUUCUCGUGGUCCCUGUCAGUGCAGUUGCCAAACCAAACCCAGGUGUAUCGAUAAAAGAUGGGUACACAUCGGUGCGAAAUUCCUUUAGCGUGCUAUUUGAAUGUGUGCGCCCCAGCCUCAAGCUGACCCCACUGCAGAGAUCGUGCACGUCCGUGACACUGAAAUGUUUUUCGAGGGGUACUGGGGGUGGUGGGGGGAGAUGCAGAGAGUGACCGAGGAGACACGGCUGUGGCUGAAGAACUUCUUUCUUUGCCGGAAACUUUUUAUGGACUUUCCAGAUUUAGGUUUUUUAAAAAAAAGAUCUCCCAAGUUUGAUUCUGUUUUGAUUGCAGCCACACUUGGUGAGCGAAUUUCUUUUCCUGAAAGCUAAAAAUAUUUCCCACUGAACACUGUUCCUUAUCGGCACCUGUGUCAGGGGAGGAAGCAGGAUAUGACUGCAUUGGUUUUCCGAGCUCCUUUAAGGAUCACUUCCUGGCUGGAUCCCGGGAUUCACCAGUGCGGUUUAGCUGGAAGCUGGGACCCUCGGUCAAUGCUGUGCCCCGGGUUUGUCCGCUGUCGCUGUAUGGAAACCCUCGGAUCUUCAAUCUGGCCAGGGAGCUCGCCUUUGCCUCUCAGCAGCCGAGAGUGGGGCUCUGGACCGAGGGGGUGCCGCUGGGACCCGCUGAUGUCACCGUGAAUCCCUGAGGGGCAACUGGAACCGACGGUGUGAACAGCCUUGUGCAGGUAAUGAUGGGAUCGGUGGCAGACGGCUACGUCAAGGAGUUUACACGACAUUCCACGGACAUGAUGCUGAACCUGAACGAGAUGCGGAAGCGGGAGAUCCUGACCGACGUCAAGGUCCUGGUGGAGGGCCAUGAGUUCAGGGCGCACAAGGCGGUGCUCGUGGCCUGCAGCGGCUUCUUCUAUUCCAUCUUUUCGGAGCAGACAAAGAGGCACGUCAACCUGCUGACCCUGCCCCGCGGGGUGACAGCGGGGGGCUUCCGCCUGCUGCUGGACUUCAUGUACACGUCCUGCCUGCCGCUGGACAUGGCCUCGGUGGCCGAGGUCCUCACUGCUGCCAGCUACCUGCAGAUGGAGCACGUGGUCGAGACCUGCCGGAGCUUUGCCCACUUCAGGGCCCCAUUCACUCACACAUUUCUCAAGUCGCUGGAGACUCCGCACGCGAGUCAGCCGCUUCCCUUCCUGCCGCCGGGCUCCCUGUUCCCAGGCCGGCCCCUGGCCCCUCCGCUGGGAGGCUGCGGCCUGCUGCCGGACUCUGCCUUCCACUUCCCUGCUGGCUGCCAGGCUCCACACAAGGCGGCGGUGGACGGUGGCAGACGGAGCGCCUGGGUCAGCGCCUUCCAGGGGCCGGGUGCUGGGCUGGGGGCCCGGGGCACCGCCCACAGGACGGACGCCAGGAAGGCCGCGGCCUCGGGCGGGGAGAGCGGCAAGCCGUCUCCCCCGGUCCCCGACAGCCCGCAGCGCUCUGACUGCCGGCCCAACUCUCCCACCGAGUCCAAGAGCGCUGGGCUGGAGCGCAGCCCGCCCCCGGCUGACCAGGCCCCCACCCCGGGGCCUCCGCCCGACCCCAAGGCCUGCAACUGGAAGAAGUACAAGUUCAUCGUGCUCAACUCGCUGAACCAGGUGGGCAGGUCCCAGCCCCAGGUUCGGCCUCAACCCCGCGGUGACCGGAGCCCCAGCAGCCCAGAGGCAGAAGCCGAGGAAGAGCCGGCCCAGGGCGAAGAUGUCAGCCGGUCUUCAUCGGACUCCCGGGAAUCCCAGAGCCUGUCCGUCUGCUCGGUGUGUGAGCGUGCCUCGGAGUUCUGUCACCGGAUAAUGGACGCGCAGCCCGGGGAGGAGGUCCCGGAAUGCCACUCGGAAUUCUCUGACAGCGGAUCAGGUGAGGAGAACGGCCUCUUCUCCUGCCGGACCUGCCACCUGAAGCUGCCGGACGAGGAGUCACUGCAGCAGCACUUCCUGCACGUCCACAGCGACGACAAGCCCUACAAGUGCGACAUGUGCCACCACGCCUUCCGGUACAAGGGCAACCUGGCCAGUCACAAGACCAUCCACACAGGAGAGAAGCCCUAUCGCUGUAACGUCUGCGGAGCCCAGUUCAACCGGCCGGCCAACCUGAAGACCCACACCCGCAUCCACUCUGGGGAGAAGCCGUACAAGUGUGAGACGUGUGGGGCCAGGUUUGUGCAGGUUGCUCACCUUCGAGCUCACGUCCUGAUCCAUACCGGUGAGAAGCCGUAUCCCUGUGAAACGUGCGGGACACGUUUCCGACAUCUUCAGACACUGAAGAGCCACAUCAGGAUCCACACUGGAGAAAAGCCAUAUCAUUGUGAAAAAUGCGACCUGCACUUCCGACACAAGAGCCAACUGCGCCUGCACCUGCGGCAGAAACACGGAGCUGUCACCAACACCAAAGUCCGUUACAAGGUGAUCCCCGAGCUCCAGGCCUGCUAGGGGAGGAGCUCCUCGAGUCACGCUGGCUGUCCCCUUCGCAGCUACGACCUGCGGAGGCAGCCUUACCUUCCCUCCAGCACGACCACCUCUGACCGCGAGCAAGAGCCAGGGGUUCCGGGACGUGUUGGGAGGGGGGGAAGGGUUUGCUGAAGGACUUUGUACUGAAUGGUAUUGGGGCUUCUGUGUUGGGUUGGGGAGAAUGCUUACCUGCUGUGUUAAUAGGUGGGUGCUGAAGAAUUG